GGCUCACGCAGAGGUCAUAGUUCAGGGGAAUGUGGACAUGACGUAUUUGUUCGCUUGCAGCUGCGGUGCUAACAUCUGGAGAUGUUUAAUAUCUUAUAACAUGUGAAUGACACAGAUCUAUAACCUGACUUCCUGUUUCCUGCGGCGAUGCUGAACACGGUGAGGACGGUGUCUGUUCACAAGCUGUGCCUCCUCUCCAUGAGGCCUCCCUGCUCUCAGCACCCUCAGCAGACGUGGAGCAGGACGGUUCGCUGCCUCUCUGCUGGACCUUCUCCUCCUCCUCCUCCUCCUCCCUCACUUCCUGACCCCCCCGAGUGCUCCUCUGAACCAGGACCCAGCCACAGUCCCUCUGCUUGGACUCCUGACCAGGGUCCGCCCCCCCCUCCCACACACUGCUGCAUGAGCGGCUGUCAUAACUGCGUGUGGAUCGAACACGCCGAGCAGCUGCUGGCGUACUACCACGACGGAGGCGACCAGGCGCUCGCCGCCAUCGAGGAGAACGUCCUGGACGAGAACCUUAAAACCUACUUGAAGAUGGAGAUUAGGCUCCUGAAGAAGACGUGACUGAUGUUUUUACUGCCAGUGUUGACAGACACACCCCAGUCUCUUAUUUUACCUCCACAUGUUCACUUUCAAAUCCUUUCGGUCACAUCUGCAGAACAUUUCAGACCCGAGUCACCACCUCUGCUGGCGACAGGUGGAGAAAGCUUUCGACUCCCACUCCAGCUCUAGACAAUAAUGUAGCAGGAAGGUUUUUGUUACAGUUCAGAUCAUAACAUAUCACCUUAUCACUUAUGUUACACUCACAGCUGAAUAAUUGAAUAAUGACGAAAAACUUAAUCUAAUGUCGGAUGUUUUAAAAUGGAAUUUGACCUAAUUCCUUAAGUUUCAGCUUGAGAACAAACAACCUGUCGUAGCAGAGUCGUUCUCGUUAGUGAAAGUGAGAGAUUGGUAGAGUGUGUGUUCUCUAUAAGAAAAUCCUGUUCAUUUCUCUCUGAUUCAUGAAUCUGUAUAAUUCACUGUCAUGUUCCUUUGGUCGUGAAGCACAGGAUUUAUUGAUUUUUGAUGUUUGAACUGAAGUGUUAAAAGUAUAUUUAUAUGCAUCUUAUGUAUAUAGAUCAUUAGUUUUAUUUUAUUUAAAUUAUAUGUUUGAAGUUUAUUUUAUGCUUUUUUUUAUUAAAAGUUAUUUAUAAAAUGUGUUUUCCUUGUCACUUCUACACAAGAACAGGCCACUAGAGGGAGCUAGAUACACAUAAAACUACCUGCUCUCGUUAAGUGAAAAGAUUUUGACUUUAUCUUAUUUCAUCAUCAUGCUGAUUCAACAAGCUGCUUCUGAAUUGUUCUCCAGCAGCUGACUCUCUAAAUAUGAAUCUCUCCUGUUGAAACGUAUAAAACAAUGAUUUCCAUUUGGUGUAACUGGGAUCUAAAGGACUCUUCUUGCUGACCACACAGAAUGAGCUGGUGGAUCAUGUCAGAAAAGUUCCGUCCAGUGAGAAUGACGUCUUUCAGUCAGCUGAGUGUCGGCAGGUGAACGAGCCGCUCUGCUUGUGACCCUGAUCUCUCCCUGACUCAGCACUCGUCUGGUAACAGUGGUUCUGUGUAAGUCCUGAUUACACAGGAGACGAUGGGCAGUUAUUCUUUUGAUCUGGGUUAUACAGAGGAUUACACACGGAUCAUGUACAGAAGCGUGUCCCCAGCCACUCUGACGUGAUGGAAAACACAGAUUAGUGCCAACGUGUCAUCUCUCUGAUAUUAACGAGUCUUAAUAUCCUCCCAGCAUCUGAUCACACAUCCCCCAGUAAAGAUAAUCAGUGCUAUUCUGUCACAUUGAGCUGAUUCAGUGAAGUUUAUAAUAAAACAACUAUUCAACUGA